UGAACCCGGAAGCACUACUUUUCAUGCCCGGUUGUUAUUUUCCAUGUUUUCGUUCUCACGUGUGUCACAUUUCUUCAGUUUCUCAUGUCUUCCAAGAAAAAUAAAAGCAAAUCAAAGCGCUUAAGCGAAGGAGACGGCUCAUUUGACUCCAGAAACUUGGAAACUUCCAGUCAUGAGGGGAAUAAAGUGUUCAGUGUCCUCGACUUCAUUGACAGAGCUGAUGACAAAACGCCCAAAAGUUGCAGAUGGUCUCUGGCGCAACUGAGCCUCAACUCCCUCAAGUCUGCAGGCGUCAGCAUCGGUAGACCGGUCCUCCUCACGGGUCCCACGGGGCAACAGGAAGUGUGUGUCGGUUGGCCCGUGGCCGCCUUCCCGAGCGGGAAAUUGGGCCUCCACAAGGGCGUGCAGAGCAACCUGAAAGUGAAAUGCGGGGAUGCGGUGACUCUUCACCCUGUGACGGGUGCCGUGCUUCAAGCCGAAGAAGUCGUUCUCUCUCCGAGGUCCAUAGAUGACAAAUUCAACACGGAUGAAUUCAAGAGCUUCCUGCUGAAUUCGUUGGUCGGAAGCAUCCUUCUCCCGGGCAACGUGGUGUCCAUCACCUACUUUGGCUGCCCGUGCAGUUUGUACGUGAAAAGCGUACGCGGGGAAGAUGGUGGCACACACCGGAGGGCGUCUACUCCUCCUCCUCCCGCCUCCUGUGACACCACCGAGGAGUUAUCCACGCUGGAGUCUACUUCCGCCGAAGUCUCGUUGCGGCUCGGCCUGCUCGCCUUAGACGACAACGGCGGUGCCGGGAGCCCGACCGCUAGCACGCCUUGCAGAACCGACGUCUGCCCCCCUCCCCUCUCUCCGCCGUCCCCCUCUGUAAAUCGCCGCCACCCACCUGCUGACACUGAUGAGAGCGCGGCCGGCUUGGAGGGUUCCUUCAGCGCGGAAGGGCCUCCCCAAGCUCCCACAGCGCCCCCUGGUGCUGUGUCGAGUACCGACACCUUCUACUGCGUCUCCUCGACGACCGAGCUCCGUUUUCCAAGCAAACGCAAGCCGGAGGAUGCCGAGCCCAACAGAGCAAAAGUGACAUACGGCAUGAUCGGCGGCCUCAGCAGACAAUUGGAGGUGAUUAAAGAGACGGUUGAGCUGCCUCUCAAACACCCGCAACUCUUCUCCAACUAUGGCAUCCCCGCUCCUCGAGGGGUUCUUCUGUACGGGCCGCCCGGCACCGGAAAGACCAUGAUCGGACGAGCCAUCGCCAAUGAGAUCGGGGCUCACAUGACCGUGAUCUGCGGCCCGGAGAUCAUGAGCAAGUUCUACGGUGAAACGGAGGAGAAGCUGAGGCAAAUAUUCGCGGAGGCGUCAAAAAGGACGCCGUCGAUCAUUUUCAUCGACGAGCUGGACGCCCUGUGUCCGAAGAGAGAGGGUGCUCAGAAUGAGGUGGAGAAGCGGGUGGUGGCGUCCCUCCUGACUCUCAUGGACGGGAUCGGCUCCGAGGGCCACUCGGGCCAGCUUCUGGUCCUGGGGGCCACAAACCGACCCCACGCCCUCGACCCGGCCUUGAGGCGACCUGGACGCUUUGACAAGGAGCUGGAGGUUGGCGUUCCCGGUCCCGCCGAGCGCGCCGACAUUUUGCACAAGCAGCUGAGCUCGGUUCCGUGCUCCGCCACAGCGCAGGAAGUGACGCGGCUGGCCGACGCCGCUCACGGCUACGUCGGCGCUGACCUGGCUGCUGUUUGCAAAGAAGCGGGUUUAAAUGCACUGCGGCGAGCGAUCAGCGGGUCCAACGACAUGUCAGACCAGCAGCUGACGGGCCGUGUGACGGUCACGCUGUCCGAUCUGCAGUGGGCCACGUCCGUGGUGAAGCCCAGCGCCAUGCGGGAGGUUGCCAUCGAUGUGCCCAAGGUCCGCUGGGCAGACGUCGGCGGCAUGGAGGAUGUGAAGCUGAAACUGAAGCAGGCGGUGGAAUGGCCCCUGAGGCACCCCGAGGCUUUCACCCGCAUGGGCAUCCAGCCACCCAAGGGGGUGCUGCUUUACGGACCGCCGGGCUGCUCCAAGACCAUGAUCGCCAAGGCCCUGGCCAACGAAAGUGGCCUCAACUUCCUGGCCAUUAAAGGUCCUGAAUUGCUCAGCAAGUACGUUGGCGAGUCUGAAAGAGCCGUGAGAGAUGUGUUUCGGAAGGCCAGAGCCGUCGCCCCGUCCGUGGUCUUCUUUGACGAGAUCGACGCGCUGGCUAGCGAAAGAGGAAGCUCGUCUGGCUCGGGCGGGGUGGGCGACAGGGUCCUGGCGCAGCUCCUGACAGAGAUGGACGGCAUCGAGCAGCUCGGCGACGUCACCGUCCUGGCCGCCACCAACAGGCCGGACAUGAUCGAUAAGGCCCUGAUGCGUCCAGGUCGCCUCGACCGAAUCGUCUACGUUCCUCUCCCGGAUGCUCCGACCAGACGGGAAAUAUUUCGACUCCAGUUUGUCAACAUGCCCGUGGCUCCAAACGUGUGUCUGGAUGACCUUGUGACACGCACCGAAAAAUACUCCGGAGCUGAGAUAACGGCAGUCUGCCGAGAGGCCGCCCUGCUGGCCUUGCAGGAGGACAUGAAAGCCGAGCAGGUGGACGCCGCCCACUUCCAGAGCGCCCUCGCCGCCGUGAGGCCCCGCGUGCCCGACGCUUUGGUCCGAUCCUACGCCGCCUACCGGCGGCGCUACGCCGACCCGCCUUCUCUUCUGCCGCCCCGCUGAUGUCUUUAUUGCCUGAAAAUGUAUUAUGUGUAUGCAUAAUGAAGAGCAACAUUGCAACAAAUGCAUGGUUUUUAUUCCCCGUUUCGAGGAAUAAAUACUUUUGUAUACUAUUCUAUACCAAAAAAAAAAAAAAUACAAUGAAUAAACCUGCUCUUUCAGUUCUU